ACUUACAACAUUUUCAAGUAAGAUCAAGACACAUACAACACCUUCUUUGCCCAUCCCGAACAAAAUCCCAAGCUCUACCUUUCUUGUAGACCCCAGGUGGACCUCCUUUAACUCUUUGGAAAUGGACACCUCAUUUUUAUACAUACUGCCAUACUCCUCUAUAUAAUUCUAAAAAACAAAAGAAACUUUGGCAUAAAUUCCAACUUGACAUUCUGAAUUUGUAGUAAUUUCUUGAUUGAUAAAAGAUUCUAAUCUUUAUAAGAAGUUACUCGACUUCUAAUUAAAUUGAAUAGUUAAGAUACUAAUCCUACCCUCCUACUUCAACCUCAACAACAAAUUCAUGUACCAUAAAAAUCAUCCUCCUUUACUCUUCCAUAUCUCUUCUUGCAAACUUAUAAUUAGACCUCCAAACUCCAAACGACCUUCAAUCCCUUAUCUCCUAUCUUCUUCCAAAUAUCUCACCUUUUUUAAGCCAAAAACACACACACACACACACACACACACACACACACAAGUAUGAUGUUGAAGAAUAGAAGAAGUCUACUGCAAGUCCCUAUUGAAGAAGGAGCUUUAGAAAGUUCUGACUUAUCUCCAGAACCCAUUUUCAGACAUGGGAUUAAUUCCUCUUCAGAAACAGUUAGCUCCAGGACAUCAACCUCUAGACUUCAGAGGACCACUCCUUUUGACUCAUCCAUGGCCUUAACUAUUCUAGUCCUUCUUACAGCUCUUUUCUUCAUGGGUUUUUUCUCAAUUUACAUCCGGCGUUUCGCCGAGGAGGAUUCCGCCGACCUCCGGCGCCGGAGACACCCUUCUCAGCCGGGUACGACGACGUCUACCGGUUUGCGCAACGGUCAAAAGGUCGGCGGGGUCGAUUCGUCCACCAUAAAAGCAUUGCCACUCGUUUCUUACCGUGGGAAUCCAAAGCAGCUGAUUACUACUGACUGUACAAUCUGUUUGAGUGAAUUCGAGGAGGGUGAAACCGUCAAAAUGAUCCCACAUUGCAGACACGUGUUCCAUGCUCCGUGUCUUGACACGUGGCUAAGCUCACACGUGUCCUGCCCUCUGUGCAGGGGUACCCAAUUUUUUAAGAAACCUGAUGAUGGUGAUGAGCUACGGUUGGAUGUGAAGGAGGAACAGGAUGAUAAUGGCCAGGGUGAGUUUGGUGGAAGAUCAACGGCUGGUGAUGGGGACACGUGGAGGGAUGAGGGGGUAAUCAGGAGGGUUGAAAGCUGCACAAGCUUGGGAGAUCAUCAAGUGGUGCUACAAAGAAGUAUGAGUUUUUGAUAAUUGUUCACAUUAGAGUAUUAAUAUUAUUAAAGACAGGACAAUUAUUUGAAAAUGUAGUUUUUAGUUUAGGUGGUAAGAAAGAUUGAAAGAGAUAAGUAAGUAUUUGUUUUUUUUUUUUUUGGGAAAAUUAACAAAAAGGUUUAUAGCCUCCUCAUAGAUGAUUCUUUCAGUGGGAAAUGAGUUGUAUAUUUCUUGCACAAUACUCUAAUUUAUUAUAUUAAUUGCUUCUCAAGUCGGACUUCCAUGCAUCUAAUGUACAUGUCCAAUUUGAAUCAAUUGCUUUCUAAUUAGAGCUAAUAUACUAUUAUAGUUUACUCUUGCUUGAUUUGAGUUGAGGAAUAUCUCCAUUACUUGCAUGUUGUGCU